CUUCGACGUACGCCAGCACUCCGCGCGAUCAGCAAUUCGUCUUCUGCACGAGCAGCGGAGACACCCUUGCCAACGUCUCAUUCGUUUGGUACAUCAACCGCGCCAAGUAAUGAUAUGAGCAACCUGCCAAGAGCUCGAAAGCUUGUGCAGAACGCGCUCCCGCUUGAGCACUUCAUCGCAAACGCAUCUCUAGGAGCGGCUGCAGAACCGCAUGACCCACCACCGUAUCUCGCCCAGAAGCUUAUUCCGAAAUCGUUCUAUCUUGAGGUAUAUGGCUGUCAGAUGAACGGUGCCGAUUCUGACAUCUUGAACCGUAUCCUCGUGGACGCAGGCUACACGCCGUCUCCGACCGCUUCCGAUGCCGACAUUGUCCUCCUCAUCACAUGUGCCAUCCGGGAGAAUGCUGAGUCAAAGAUAUGGAGGCGGCUUCGAGAACUUGCUCCUCUUCGCGCUCGCGGCGGUAAAGUGGGGUUGCUCGGAUGCAUGGCCGAGCGCCUCAAACUCAGUCUGCUGGAAGGGAAGGUGGAUGAGAAGACGGGGAAGAGGGACGAACGGAUGGUCGACGUCGUGUGUGGGCCGGAUGCGUACAGGAGUCUACCCAGAUUACUGGGCCAGGUAGAGGAGGAAGGAGACGGCGGACGGGGUGCGGCGAACGUUCAGCUCAGUGCUGACGAAACGUACGCAGAUAUCACGCCCUUGUCUACGGAUCCAUCGAAGAAGACGGCAAAUCUGACGAUCAUGAGAGGUUGCAAUAAUAUGUGCUCGUAUUGCAUCGUGCCAUUCACUCGAGGUCGAGAACGCUCUCGUCCCAUCACCUCGAUCCUAGACGAGGUCCGCCAUUUAUCUUCCAUAGGGAUCAAGGAAAUUACGCUCCUGGGCCAAAACGUUAAUUCCUAUCGAGAUACAACCCCCUCAUCGAUGGCUCUCUUCUCGUCAUCCUCUUCGACCUCUAUACCUCCGCCUGGUGUAUCCCUUGGCGCCUCCCUAUCUUCUCCUGGCUUCAAGCCCGUUUACCGUUUCGAUCCCUCCGGCAUCCACUUCGCCGCGCUCCUCGACCGCGUUUCGCUCAUCGACCCGGAGAUGCGCAUCCGCUUCGUCUCUCCGCAUCCCCAAAACUUCCCUCACGACCUCCUGCAGCUCAUCGCGCAACGUCCGAACCUUUGCUCUCAAAUCCACAUGCCCGCACAGUCCGGAUCGAGCAGCGUUCUCGAACGCAUGCGGCGCGGCUACACCCGGGAAUCAUACCUUGAGCUCGCACACCGGAUUCGGGCCACGAUUCCGGGCGCGACGCUCUCGUCCGACUUUAUCGUUGGCUUCUGCGGCGAGACGGAUGAGGAGUUCGCCGACACGCUCAGCCUCGUCGACGAGGUCGGCUUCGAGCUCUGCUUCAACUUCGCGUACAGCCUCAGAGAGAAGACGCGUGCGCAUCGCCACCUCGUGGAUGAUGUGCCGCAGCGGGUGAAGAAUGAGAGGCUAAGGGCGCUGAACAAUGUUUACGAAAGGAGGCGGGACGAGCGGCUGGGCGCGAUGGUAGAAGACGGCAAGCCGCAGCUUGUGCUCGUCACGCAGGCGUCGAGACGACCUGGGGAUAGCAUGUGGAUCGGCCGCUCGGAUGGGUACGUCCGGUGCGCUCUACCGCAGUCGGCCCUGGUCCCGAGGUGGGACGGCGAGAGGAAGGUGUGGGGGAGAGAGAAGAGGAAAGUGGAGAUAGGUGAUUACGUGGUGGUAGUACCGAGGAGGAGGGAUGCGGGGACGCUGGUCUGUGAGGCCGUGGGCACCUGCAGUUUGGGCAAUUUUGCUGCUGAAGAAUCAAAGCGACGCAUGCUCGCGCAAGCCAUGCUUUUCGCGAACGAAAACGCUCGAAGGCGUGUGGCGAUGGAGCCGUAAUGCAACAGUGAUGAUGUGAUAGAUUUAUCCUAUGUACAUUGACCACUAUCGAUAUAUGGAAGGGAAUCGACCGCGAUAUACAGUAAAUACAUACAGAUAGCGCUCGUUGAGUCACACAUUCGAAUCAAUACAGGGCGGAAACGCGUUACUAUCAAACAGGCGAAUAAAUGAGAAACUUCUUGGAUGCUGCAUAUGCAGCCUCCGCCUCUGGUGAGAACCGGUGUUCGUUGCGCCAGUGAAACACCCAGAAUUGUUCACAACCUGGACAAAGCCAUCGCAUCGCAUGGACCUGCCAGGACGAAGGAUACCAACCGGAGUCCUCCCAAUCGAUGAUACCAGAUACGUGACCGUUGUGUAUCAAUACGUUGUACAUCCGUAGAUCCGCGUGUACGUAUCGGAUGGGGUCUGCAGCCAUGAUCGCUCGAGUGUCAUGAUCCAGCGUUUCUUCGUAGCCUUGCAGGCCACCCGAUGCCCCAAGGUAAGCCCAUAAUUCCGCUGGAGACGAGAAAGGGCCCGAUCGUUUUUCAAAAAAGAAAAGGGGAUCUGGAAGGCCAUGGCCAGAUGCGCUAAGCAUCACCUUUCCAGCAUCUGCCUCAGGUUGUCGAAGUGUCUGUAGUUGUUUGAUAACUAAAGAGAUCUCCCCUAGGAUAGUUCGCUGCAACUCGGGUGUCAAAAGACCCUGGCGCCAAGCAUCGUAAACGGUAAUUCCAGGGAGACGGGUCAUAACCGUGUAGCUAGCUCCUGCGUGCUCGAACGACACGAUCAGGCGAGGGAUAGGGAGGUCAAGACCUGUGCCAUGGAGGAAUCGUAGGGCAUGGGCUUCUGUACUUGUUGUGCGAUUACGGAGUUUAACAAUCCAGGGAAUACCAUGUCGGAAGACACGAACAUUCGGUUCGUCAAGAAGAGGCUUGCUGAGGAGAAGGACGAGCCGAUACUGUGCAUCCGGGUACAUCAAAGUGCGCCCUAGUAUAGCAGUGGUUUGAACAAUAAGCACCUGAAGCAACGAGUUCGUAGUCCGUAUCAAGAUAAAAAGCCACCAC